AUGUAUGCUCUGACUCAGCCAGAGCUAAUCUCUCCUUCUCAGGUUCUCACCUUCUGGAGGACAGCAAAUUACGAUGAUGGAAGUGAAAAUGGUUCUCCAUCUCUCACCUGCGAUUAUGAAGGUCAAGAGUAUGUAGUCUCACCAGCGACCGUUAGGAAGGCUCUUCAUCUUCCUGAAGAAAAGAAGUAUGAUGCUUCAGUACCCACUCAGACUUUACGUGACAUGAUGAUUUUUCUUGGGUAUUCUGCAAGCACAGACAAAAUGGGGGAACUUAAGCGUCCACACCUCUGCAAGGAGUGGAGCUUCUUCUAUGACUGCAUAACCAGGGCUUUUGCUUUACCUGACAAGUAUGAAGCCUUAUUCUCUGAUGAGAAUAUCCCACAGCCUCCAUCUCCUGCUCAUGAACCAAUAGCAAAAUCUGAUCCCAAACCAACCUCUGGUUCUUCUCAACAAGGACCAGUUGAAAAAUCUUCACUAAAAAGGAUACUCAGAUCCACCAAAUCCCCAAUCAAACCUUCCCCUCCUCCCAGAAAAAGAAGAUUUCUACAGAAAAUUUCAGACUCUGAAUCAGAUGAAGACAUUCCUCCUCCUCCACCAGCAAAGAAACUGAGAAAGAAAAUAAAGCCAACCUCUAUCACUGAUCUGACUGUGGAACCACCUCAGUCAGAGGAUCCUGAACAAGCCUUGAUUCCAUUCUCUGAUCAAUCUGCAGAGCCCCUAUUGAUUGAACCUCUUUCUGCAAUGCCACUUGAUAUUGCUGCAGCUGACAAACAAAUGUUAGAGUCAACCUCUGAUCACAAUGAUCAGACAGAGGGAAACAAGUCUGUUGAAGAAAGAAUUGCAGCUGAUACUGAUAUAUCAGAAAAACCCUCUGAUGCACCAAGUAAAUCAGAGGAUGCACAAAUAGAAAUGGUACUCCAGCUAAUCCAGGAUUCUCUGGUUCAACCUGAAGAUAUUGUUGCAGCUCCUGCUCAGGAGAUUCCCAUGGCUGAAAACUCUGAGGCAGCCACUGAAGCUCUAGAGUCACAUACUCUGAGUGUUUCUCUUGCAGACAUUGAUGAUGAUGAAGGAACAGAAGUCACAUCAACCCCCAUUCAAGCUCCUGGUAUACAUUCUAUUAUCUCUGAGCCAGUCAGAGAACCUACACCAGAAAGGGUUGAUUCCCCAGUUAAGGCAAUGUCACCAGUCAGGGAAUCCACUCCUUUUAUAGCUCCUGCAGUUCCAGGUUCUCCACUUCCAUUCUCUGAGCCUGCCAGAAGGAGAAUCUGCCACUUGUCUUAUAAUCACAGGAUGUGCAGAACCAUGUCACCUUCUGUUGAGGACAGACUUACCUCUAUUGAAGCUACUCAGGUUUCAAUGAAUUAUACUCUGGCAGAUUUGAGUGCUUCUGUGGCACAACUGGUACAGGUUCUCACCUCUGCUGAUGUCAAAAAGGGGGAGAAAACAUCCAAAGACAAAUGCAAACCUGAUCAGCAAAUGAAAAGGAAAAAGCCAGAUGAUGAUGAGGAAGAAAAAGGGGAGAUGAGCAAACAGCAAAAGCUGCUGCAGAUCAAAGAAACAAAGAAGAACAGUAAAGAAGCAGCAAGCUCUGAUAGACCACCCAGAGAAUCUCAAAAACAGAAAUCCUUGGAAUUGACUGUUGUAACUCAAGCUCAGAGUAUAAGCAAAGCAGUCAGAGAUUCAGAUGCUGUAUCUAAAGAGAUAAAUCUUGUGAGCUCUGAGGUGGAAAAGAAGAAAGAAAAAUUGGUUGCUGAAGCUGAAAAGUUGAUUGAAGCUGGAGACCCUGAGUCUUAG